AAUCAUCAAACAUCCAAACUCUAUCCUUUCGUUUUCUUGUCAGACAAAAACUAAUACUAGAUGGGUAACAGUUUAGGCGGCAAGAAAACGACCAAAGUCAUGAAGAUAGACGGCGAGACUUUUAAACUGAAAACUCCGGUGACGGCUGAGGAGGUCUUAAAAGACUUUCCCGGCCACGUCUUGUUAGACUCCGAAUCCGUCAAGCACUACGGUGCCCGAGCCAAACCACUUGAGGCGAAGCAGAGGUUGGAGGCGAAGCGGCUUUAUUUUGUGGUGGAGCCGGUGAAAGAGUGUCCACCGAGAAGGGUAAGAUCAGGAAUUCACGUGAGUGCAAAGGAGAGGCUUGAGAGUCUCAUGCUGGCCCGGAGAUCGUCUUCCGAUCUCUCCAUACUCAAACCACCAGGAGGAUGGACGACGGAGGAAGAAGAAGGAGCGGUGAGGAGGGUGAAGGUGAGGAUUCCCAAAGCUGAGCUUGAAAAGCUCGUUAAAGAAGGAGCCACCGAAGCCGAAGCUACGCAGAAGAUCGCUGCUCUCUUUAUGGCCAAACAGAGGCAAGAGGAGGCAUAUCAGAACACACGACAGGACGAGCCCGCCACCACGGCCACCGCCACCGCCACCACCACCGCCACAAGAGGAGUCAAAUCCCGUUUGAAACGAGUGAGUUUCAUGGCGGAAAGAGGAGGAGGGAGCGAGAUCACUGUAGCUUGAACCAAUAAACAUAUGUAUUAGAGAAUGCUUCCCAACGUUUCUGCAAAUUCUAUGUACAUAAAAAACGCAGAAAGUUUGAGAGAAAGCUUAUUCAGAUAUUCAUCCAUGUCUCCACUCUAUUGUACUCAAGAGUUUUACUAUUAUUACAUUGUAGAAGAAACAGUCAUUUUAUAGGCAGAUUCAUUCGUUUGCCUCUCACCUUAUUGAUUACAUGUUUCCCGG